AUGCAAAAGCCCAUUCAUCCACCCAAAUCACAAGCUGCAUCAUCAAAUGGUGGGGUGGAGAAGAGGAAAAAGGAGAAACCUCAAAGAGUAUACAUUGCCGCCACUACUGAGGACAUAGAGACUAAGUCUGAUGAAGUUGUAAGAGAGGUGAAAAAGACAGCCAACUAUGCUAGAGUGGUGAAGAAACUACAAUCGAGUGGAGCUCAGCAAUCCAAGAAACCAAGGGCACAACCUAAAUCAUCUGGUAAGGCUAGGGCUAGCAAGAAGCAAAAAUCUAAGAUUGAUGUCGCUCUGAAAUCAGGUAAGAUUGAAGGAACAUUUGAAACAGUGCCCACAUUGACUUUGAAGGAGUUAAUUGAUGAAAUUCUUAAGGAUGGGAGUCUGAAUAAUGUAUCUACAUAUUAUAAAAAAAUUGAUGAUAAGGAUCAGAGGGAAGUUGAAGAAGCAGUUGUAGAAUAUAUGGAUGUAUAUAGUAAGACAUUGAUAGAACUUGCAUCUAUGAUCCCUAAACAUCUAUAUGAAAUUUUAGAUGCAAGAAAUCUUACAACUAGUCAAGAGGAUGAUAAAAUCAAAGAGUGUAUGCUAGAUCCUCCAAUUAUAGAAGUUGUAUCAAAAAAAGCAGUUGAAGAGAAAUUGAAUGUGGAGAAGGAUAAGGGUGAUGGUGAGAAAGAUGGAAAAGGUAAGAGUGUUGAAGUUAUAGAUAAGGAGAAAGGAGAGGAAAAGGAAGAUCAGGCUCCUACAACAGUGGCAAGAGACAUUGGUGUUGUUAAAGGGAAACAAGUUGUUGUUGAUCCAAAUGAUUUUUUUCAAGGAUCGAUUGACUUGAGUUCCUUAUCUCCCAUUCAAGCACUUAAAUUAACAACUCUAUCUCAAGCCAAAGCCAAUGAGGACCUACUUAAGUCCCAUUUUGUAGACAAGGAAUUAAUAUCAUUGGCGGGGGAUAUGUUGGAGAAGAUUAUGCCAUCUUUCAAACCAGAUACAUCUGAUCCCUCUGUUAAGCUCAAGGUAUUUGUUGCAGCAGAAUAUGGUGACUAUCCAUCUCCUCCCCCACCAUCUCCCUCACCUCCUCCUCCAUAUUAUUACAAGUCCCCACCUCCACCUCCUUAUUAUUACACAUCACCACCACCAUAUUACUAUAAGUCCCCACCACCUCCUCCACCAUACUACUAUAAGUCUCCACCACCACCACCUUAUUAUUAUACGUCUCCACCACCACCAUCCCCAUCUCCUCCUCCUCCUUACUAUUACAAGUCUCCUCCACCUCCACCUCCAUACUACUACAAAUCUCCACCUCCUCCACCAUACUACUAUACAUCCCCACCACCACCAUCUCCAUACUACUACAAGUCUCCUCCACCACCACCAUACUACUAUAAGUCCCCACCACCACCUUCCUCAUCUCCUCCUCCUCCAUACUAUUACAUGUCCCCACCACCACCAUACUCAUCUCCUCCUCCUCCUUACUAUUACCAAUCUCCUCCACCUCCAUCCCCUUCUCCUCCUCCACCAUACUACUAUACGUCUCCUCCACCUCCACCAUACUACUACAAGUCUCCUCCACCACCCCCAUACUACUACAAGUCCCCUCCACCACCCCCAUACUACUAUAAUUCCCCUCCACCGCCACCGUACUACUACAAUUCGCCUCCACCACCACCACCGUACUACUACAAAUCUCCUCCACCACCACCGUACUACUAUAAUUCCCCUCCACCACCACCAUACUACUAUAAUUCCCCACCACCACCUUCCCCAUCUCCUCCUCCUCCAUACUACUACACAUCUCCUCCUCCUCCAUACUACUACACAUCUCCUCCACCACCUCCAUACUACUAUAAGUCUCCACCACCUCCAUCACCAUCACCUCCUCCCCCAUACUACUACAAAUCUCCACCUCCACCAUCUCCAUCUCCUCCUCCACCAUAUUAUUACAAAUCUCCACCACCACCAUCCCCAUCUCCUCCUCCACCAUACUACUACAUAUCCCCACCUCCACCGUCUCCAUCUCCUCCUCCACCAUACUAUUACAAAUCCCCACCACCACCUCCUCCACCAAAAGAGUACGUGUAUGCUUCACCUCCACCCCCACCCCCCACCUAUUAA